AUGGGGUUUACACAUCUCUCUCUUUUAGCUCUAUUGUGUUUGGUUUUUGUAGGAAUCAAUGCAUCUAAAUCAGACGAAGAAUAUUGGAAAUCUAUUUGGCCGAAUACUCCUAUACCUAGACCUCUUUUAGAUCUUCUGCUGCCUGAUAGCAAAACCAGUGUUCCUAUUAGAGACUAUGAAGAGAAUCAAUAUUGGACUGUCUUUUUUGAACAUGACUUACAUCCUGGAAAAAAGAUUAGUUUGGGCAUCCAUAAACAUUCAAAGACACAUGUGUCUGUCGAAACUACGAAUCAACCUUUUGGAAUCAACUCAUGGUGGGAUAGAAAAUCAAGUGAAAAAGCAAGUCAAGGUUUUGAAACUCACAGGCCAACUAAUAAAGCAAUUAAAGAGGAAAUUAAGAAACCAAUUGAAACUUUUGGAAUUCUUGUAUGGACAGGUAAACCAAAUAAAGAUAGUGGGAGUCGUACAGAAAUUGAUAGAGUAACUGUUAAAAAAACUGAAAGAUUAGGUCAAACUUCUACCGUAGCCUCAUGGACUGAAGAAGAGAUGGGCAUUUUUCGCGACUAUUGUGGGAAACCUUCACCAAUAGGGGAAGAUAAAUAUUGUGCACCAUCCUUAAAAUCAAUGAUGAAUUUUGUCAUUUCAAAACUCGGAAAAAAUAUUAAAGCGAUGUCAAGUUCCUUUUCUCAAAUUCAAGACGAAUAUGUGGUUGAGGAAGUGAAGAAAUUAGGCGAAAAAACAGUCAUGUGCCAUAGAAUGAAUUUUAAAAAAGUGGCAUUCUAUUGCCACCAAGUCAAUGCGACAUCAACUUAUAUGGUCCCAUUAGUGGCUUCUGAUGGAACUAAAUCUAAUGCAUUAACUAUUUGCCAUCAUGAUACAAGAGGUAUGGAUCCAAGUAUCGUUUAUGAAAUUCUUAAGGUCAAACCAGGAACUGUUCCUGUCUGUCAUUUUAUUGGAAAUAAGGCUAUUGCAUGGAUACCAAACGAAGUUGUAACCACGUCUAAUGGCCAUCCUUGUGUCAUCUAG